AUGUUGUUCUCACCGCCGAAAUGUAUGCAACAAAUUGCAACUCUAAUUAUAACGUUUGCUGUCUACGUGGCGGGCAUACGUAAUACGGCUAGUACUGCAGGUGGUGGUGGCAGUGCGGUGCUGGUGAUGGGUAGCAGCAAUGUGGGAGCUAUCGCUGAUUAUGAAAGCUACUCAGCGCCCUACAACGAAGACUUUCGUCCCUCACAGCUGCUUUCCGAAGUAAAAGAAGAAACUUCAGCCCCGACCAGCAACAACGUACAGCGCCGUCAGUCUACAGGUGACAAUGGCAAUUUUCGUCCAUCACAAAUUAUCUCGUUUACACCAUCAGAUGCACAGUCAACAUACAAAAAAUAUCCGCCCAGUUACCUUGAACCCAACUAUCAUACACAGCACAAUAGCAAAGGUAGUCCUUAUGGCUCAGUCUCCUAUGGAAAAGAAGAAAAGCAAUUCAGCUUUCCACAUAAAAAGGAGCAAGCAACAGCUGCCUCAGCCGUCGUAACUACAAACACUGAUAUACAAAAGUACCUCUACACCAACGCACCGUCACCGUCGUCUACACAGCAAUCGUUAGUGCCCGCUCAAUUACACACAACACCCAUACUUAUCUAUCGAGACCCUUACACUAAUAAGAUCAAUACCAGUCAGCGCCAACACGACUAUCGUCCAGCACCCGAACCGAUAUACGAAGUGCAAUAUUCUGAGGCUGGCAGACCGCAAGAGUACACAGUGCAAUCCAUGUUGGUAGUGGGUGCCGAACAACAACAACCACCUACUACGUAUAAUCAGCAGAGACCAGGAGGCGAGCAUAAACGGCCUGGAUAUGUGUUUGAUGAACAACUGGGUGCGUCUUACAAUCAGCGACCGGUGUAUAGCAACAGAUAUGAAAUGGUUGACAGCACCGUGCCCACACCACCCACCAGCGACUAUAAUCGACGUGAUGGUGAUACACAAACGGAACGUCCGUUCCAGGGUAAAUUGGGUGUAUCGCCAAGUACGAUUACAAAGCUUUCUUACGAUUCACAUGAUUACCCACCGCCCAGUUACUAUAAACAGCAAACAUCGAAUUUCCAAUCACCGCAACGACAAGAAGACAACACACCAAAUUACCAGCAAUCAGCAUAUGCAACGCCACCAGCACCAGCAGCGCCAACAGUAACAGCAACAACAACGAUGGCUGCAAUAACGUUCAACAGACCAGAGCUGACGUCUUCUAAUUAUGCAAACAAGUUUGGUAAUUAUUUGAAUGGCGCUGGAAGCGGCGGUAAGGCGGGCGAUCUUGGUGGGGGCUAUUACAAGCGUCCACCACCACAUUACAGCAACGAUAUUCUGUAUGUUACACCACGUCCGCCCGCAGCGCCAUCGGCUCCAGUACGACCAGCACCGCCUUACUACCCGCAAGGCAAUGAACCGAUAAGACGCCCACCAAACUACAACAAUAAUUACUAUGAGUAUCAAUUGGGAGAAAUACCACCACCCUCAGUACAGCAAUCAGCCGUAGGUAGCGGUCAGAGACCCCCACCCGGACAGUAUUACCCAACGUCACCAUUUUACCCAGAAACGCAGAACUACCCAGCUCCGCAGAGUUACCCAGCCUCACAGAAUUACCCACCUUCGCAGCAUUACCCACCGCCACCAAAUUAUCGGCCACCCCCGCCCCAAUACCAGCUGCAGCAGCCAACUGCUGGUGGUAUUAGUGGUGGCAUGAGCGGCUUGGCUACCUUAGCCUCCAUCUUCAGUGGCACACAACAGUAUGCGCCACAAUUCACUAACCUACUCUUGGGCGGCAAUGGCGGUGGUGGUGGUCUGCUGCACGCUUUAACUGGUACGCGCCCGUUGGGCAGUGGAGGUCGCCCACCGAACAUGCAACUCAUAAAAGCUUUAGAGAAUAUCGCACGGAAUGAUGACUUGGAAUGCGUGCCGAAGGUGCUGUGCAAUAUGAUUGCUAGUCAAACACAACGUGGACAGUUGCCUAACUUCAUCACGUCACCGGCGAUAACGAACUUCCUUGCCGGCUUUCCAGCACAGUCGCCAGCGCUCAUUUACGGACGUGCAGCGUUGCUGGGCAUUAGCGGUGGAGAGCGCAGCUGUACGCAAACGUAUGCUAAGUGUCCGAAGAAUGAGUACGAGAUACUCUACUACCUGAACAACCAUCGCGGUGGCUUCUUCAAGUUCUUCAGCGAGUCGGAGGAACAAAAGCCCAGCGUUUCGCAGCAAACUCACAGCUCGUCCAGCUCGUCUGGUGGCACUUCACUCUUCAGUUUGCUUUCUGCGCUAACCGGCGCCGAUCCGCCUGUAACCACCACAACACCACGUCCCACGCCACCACCCACACUCGCCAGCUUCGACAUUACGCAGGGCAUUGGCAAUUUCUUUAGCAAUAUACUCUCUGAAUAUAUCAGUGGCGUUGAGUAUCAGCGUAGGAGCAGUCGUGCUAAACGCGCGAUUAGUUUCGAGGAUGCACCGAAAAAUGAAAAGGCGCACAUAAAAUUUCCACUCGAUACCGAUUCGGAAGACUUUCACGACUCUGAGGAUGAAGAGGAUACGCACGGAGUGGUAGACUUUGAAGAUGAGCAGGCGACUAGCGAAUCGCUUGCAAGCGCCGAAUAUGGCGACACACAAGGACGUGUAGUAUUCAAAAGUGGCGAACAUAAUCAGCAUUUCUUUCCGGAAAACGAAGGGCAGAUAGAGACAGAGCGUUUGAAAGACAUCUAUCUGGAAGAAGUUAUCAAUAAAUUUAAUGCAGACAGAUUGGAAAAGAAACUGAAAUUUCCGACUGGCGCAGAUGCCCAAGUGGAAGAGAGUGCGGCUUACAGCGAGUCACUGGAUACCCAAGGCGACAAAGUGGUGCGCUUUCGUGAUGAAAAUGAGAGCUACAAUAGUGACGUGACAAAUUUGCGUGAAACCGAGAAGCCAAGCAAUACAGUACACUUUGAAGCCGAACACUAUAAAAAGCCAACGCGCCGCACUAAGACUGUGCUCUUCAAAGAACCCAGUGAAAGUAGUGGCUAUGACCCCACACGCCAACCACGCGAAGAAGUCAAUGCGGAAUAUAACGAACAAAACGGUGAACGCGUGAUCUUCCCAGAUCACUACGAUAAGCACAUACGCAAGGGUAAAAUUCUAAAUAGACCCAUUCUAUAUGCCUCGAACUAUGCCGAUUAUAUGCAAAAUGCGGAUGCAGAUCAUUUUGUGGUAUCCGACAGCCAUCGGCCGGUGUACAAUGACAUUGAUGCCACCGCAGAUGAUAGCGAUAAUUUUGAUGGUGACAAGCAGUUGGGUCCCAUCUACUAUAGUGAGUCCUCAACGCACCAACAACAACACACUACGCAUCAUAGUACACGCCUGCAGGUAUACGGCGAUAACCGAUUGCAUUACAAUCGUGGCGCUGACACAUACCCGAGUGAUAAUGACAAUCGUUAUACCCAAUCGAGCCCGUCUUCUUCAGCUAAUUACAACAAAAAUCGUUACUCCUCCAGCAGCUCAUCUGAAAAUUAUAAGAAGCGUCCCAGUUACGCUGCUACCUCAUCGGGUAAUCGCUACGAUUACCCAAAUAAGAGUUAUGUUAGUAAUAACCGUUAUGGCAGUCGUUAUCAGACGACAACGCGCUCGCCUCGUGGCAGUGAGAAUGAUCACAAUAUUUAUGUGACCAAUGCACAGGGGGUGACAACGCACUAUAUUACGCCAGAUGGGCGCAAGGUGUAUUUAUAA